AUGGCGGUAAACUAUAGUGGAAGGUUUGAUAUUUUACAAGCCUGCAAAAGUCUUGCUGAGAAGGCAAAAAACGGGCUGAUUCAAGUGGAGGACAUAGAUGAAAAUCUCAUGGAGAAAGAGUUGAUGACAAAGUGUAGUGAGUUCCCAAAUCCUGACCUAUUGAUCAGAACGAGCGGAGAGCAACGGAUCAGUAACUUCUUCCUAUGGCAAUCUGCUUACACUGAGCUCUACUUCCCUAAUGUUCUAUGGCCUGACUUUGGAGAGGCUGAGUAUCUCCAGGCAUUGACUUGAUCGAUCAAAACCGCGGCUUCUCGAUUCGAUGGAGAAGAACAAAGGAACGACAAACUUGGAGAGAAAGAGAAAGGAGAGAGCAUACCAAAUCACGUGGCGAUAAUAUUGGACGGAAACAGACGUUGGGCGAAGAAAAAAGGACUCGGUGUAUCGGAAGGUCAGGAAGCCGGAGCAAUAACAGCUGUGGACCUUGUAGUGGAAUUUUUCGCUUUGGGGAUAAAAACAGUCUCACUCUUUGCAUUCUCCACUGAAAAUUGGGGAAGACCCGAGGAUGAAGUUCACUACUUGAUGGAAAUGUAUGAGAAAGUCUUCAGGUCGGAGAUACCUUUAUUCCAAAAAUAUGAAAUCAAGAUCUCUGUUAUCGGGAACCGGAAAAAUAUCCCCAAGUCGCUUCUCAGUGCAAUAGUAGACCUAGAAGAAGCUACAAAGAGCUACGAAGGAAAGCACCUCAUUGUGGCGAUUGACUAUAGUGGAAGGUUUGAUAUCUUACAAGCCUGCAAAAGUCUUGCUGAAAAGGCAAAAAAGGGGCUGAUCCAAGUGGAGGACAUCGACGAAAAUCUCAUGCAGGAAGAGUUGCUGACAAAGUGUAGUGAGUUCCCAAAUCCUGACCUAUUGAUCAGAACGAGCGGGGAGCAACGGAUCAGUAACUACUUCCUAUGGCAAUCAGCUUACAGUGAGCUCUACUUUCCUAGCGUUCUGUGGCCUGACUUCAACAAGGCUAAAUAUCUCGAGGCAUUGACUUGGUAUCAGCAGAGGAAUAGGCGAUUCGGUCGCAGAGUUUAA